AGCGCCUUCCAGGGAGGGAGAGGGAGAGGAAACUAGGGCACUGUUAUCUGGCCCCUUUUUUCCAAGCUGAAGCAGAGAUCUGUGGGCAGCGAGCUGCAGUGAGGAGGCUGUGGAUUGCCGCGUUGAGUUUUGCAUUUUCCUCAUCCUGAGGCACAGUUUGUAACUUAAAAAAAAAAACAACCACAAAAAGAGAAAAAAAACAAAACAAAACAAAAGAGUUGUUUUUCCUGCUGAGUGAACGUGUCUCGCCACCAUGCUGGAGGACAAGAAAACCAAGGUGAAGAUCACCUUUCUGAUCAUCCUGGUGGGUGUCUCGUCCAUGCUGGCGGCUGUGGUGACGGACCACUGGGCGGUGCUGAGCCCCAGGGUGGAGAGGCUCAACACCACCUGCGAGGCGGCACACUUUGGGCUCUGGAGGCUCUGUAAGAAGAGCAUCUUCAUCAUGGAGGAAGACCCUCAAGGCAAGGGCUGUGGCCCCAUCAGCCUUCCUGGGGUCAAGAACUGCUCCUACUUCAAACACUUCACGUCAGGGGAGGAGGCCGAAGUCUUCGAAGUCAAGACUCAGAAGGAGUACAACAUCUCAGCAGCUGCCAUAGCCAUCUUUAGCCUGGCCUUCAUGACCUUGGGGAGCCUGUGUCUCUUGGGGGCCUUUGGGAAAGGAAGAGACUACCUGCUGAGACCUGCCGGAAUGUUCUUCGCCUUCGCAGGCCUCUGCACGGUUAUUUCAGUGGAGGUCAUGAGGCAGUCGGUCAAGCGCAUGAUCGACAGCGACGAAACCAUCUGGAUCGAGUACUACUACUCAUGGUCCUUCGCUUGCGCCUGCGCUGCCUUCAUCCUUCUCUUCCUCAGUGGAAUCAGCCUGCUCGUCAUCUCCAUGCCUCACAUGCCACGGAACCCGUGGGAGACCUGCAUGGAUGCCGAACCCGAGCCGGCUGACUAGCAGUGCGCCUUGGCCACAGAGUCCGCGGCCUGCAGUAAAAACGCAUGACACAGCCAAGCGUGGCAUCCGUGGUAACACGCAAGGAGCAAGAUGCAUCGCCACGUCAGUAACACUUUACUUAGACAUAGGGGUUUAUAACGCAUUGAUUUUAUAUGCCGUUAUUCUGUUCUCUAAAUGCAAACGCAUUUAUGCUUAAAGAGGUUAAGUCUACUGUUCAACAUACUUAUAGACUUAUAAACCUAAAAGAAACGUUCAACCUAACCCUAGAAUUUCGAUAUACGACACCUUUUCGGUUAAGACGGUUAAAGAGAAUUAUUGCAGAUUAUUAUAUUGUGGAUGGAAUAUUCUUUAGAGAAGUGAAGCAUAACUGAAUAUAAAUAUGCGGUUUUUUUUCAAUUCCCUCCUUCUCUCAUUAUUCCUUUAGAUACUUUGACAUUUUAGUAAAGCUUUUUAAUUUAGGAAAAUUAAGUUUGUUCUGUAUAAACGCUUCACAAUAUUACAUAUUAUUACAUAACAUGCGACUGUAAAGUUCAAAUCUCUGUAAUAAAACGCCCUGCCUCUUGACGCCAAGUGUUGAGGCGACAGGAGCUGUGUAUAAGCAGGCCUUCCCUGUAAACAGAGCUGCUUUUCCAAAACAUUGUUUAGCUUUACGUGGACCCACUCGCCGGAAAAUUAAUGUUUGGCCUCUCUCCGACGAGCCAGGGCGCACACACGUAAUGGAUGGAGACCCUGCGGUCCUCGCAGGUGAGAAUGAAAGGGCCAACUCUUACGGCAACGGAAACAAGACCGUCCUAAUUACACUCACUAGUGAGCGGCCAGGGUCGAGGUCUCCUAGAACCCAGCUAGAAACGGAGCAGAAUUGUGCGUGAUUUCGCGACGAUCUGUUUUCUCUGUUGCAGUUAUUUUUAGUGAAAAUAGCACGAGUUGUUAAUGCAUUUUACAUAAACGCCCAUCCUCAUUUACAAUCUGUGGCAUUUACUUCAUAUAGCGCUAUUGUGGCGGAACUCUUAAGGAAAAACGACACGUACGUACUGCAGAAUGCUUUUUUUUGUCAUGCUUUUGAGUUUUGUCCAAAAGGAAAUCUUCCGCAGGUCCAACUUUUCCAAGCUCCGCCAGGACAGGCUAAAGCUAAAGUCGACAUUUUAAACACGGCAAAUCAGCUUUCACCAACAGCAAACCCCAAAGGAGCACCUGUACAUUCAGCAGAUCAUCAGACUAUACGCACAGACAACAUACUGAUAAUCUCUCCUCCGUCACAUCCAAUAGACAUGAUGGCUUUAUUCUCAAACGAGAGGGUGAAGGCGAGUCGCUAUUGGAAACGAAGCACAGGGCACACUCAUCUCUUUAAUUCCUUUAUUCAUAUGUACAGUUUGAGAAAAAGCUUGUCUACAGCUAUACAACUUUUUAUAUUUUUGUCGGAGUUGGUUCACCACUCAGCUGCUGGCACGAGAAAACACACCAAUAAUGAUUAAGGAACUCAUAAAAAAAGCCAGCUGGGAAAAAUGUUUAAAAAAAAAAA